CCUCCCGGAAGUGACUUUAUGCCGCAUCAGGAGAAUCGGGAGAUGCCGCCGCAGAUGCCGCCUCGACGAAGACGGCGCCGCGCACCGGCCGAGCACAUGCCGACUCACAUUGAGCACAUGAGUCCCCAUCCUGAGCACAGAAGCCCACAUCCUGUACAUCGCACACCGCAGCCUGCGCAGCGCACACCGCAGCCUGCUCACCGAACGCCGCAACCUGCUCACCGAACUCCGCAGCCCGCGUACAGCAACGUACAGCAGCCAGGCAGUCACCGGGAGAGCGGAUAUUACGGUUACGUGCAUCCCGGAUAUUGAAGCUGGCAUCCGGUUUUUCUUUUUUCUUUCUUUUCUUUUCUUUUCUUUUUUUGUCUCUUUUUUUUUUUUUUUUUUUU